AUGCAGAGACUCAGCAGCCUUCGCCUCAAGGCGAUUUCACGGCCCUGUUCCACGGUCUACACAAGCCCUUCCAUCCCCAUCCACCUGCACCUCCAAGCCCAGUCCGCAAUCGCACGAUCACGCAUGCCCAAUGCGUCCAGCACAACAGCCAAGCUCGCGUCGACGUCAUCGGCACCAAAGUCUGCCGAGGGACCCAGCGCGCAGUCUGGCGGCUCGCGCUCCAAGGACGCCGCCGAGGCUGCCGAGGCCAGUGGCGACAAACCAUCAUCGUCGGCAUCAUCAUCGGCAGCCGAUCCCGAGACGGCCGGCAUCGACAGCCUCUCUGAGCGCGACGCGCUGGGCCGCACCGGCGGUGGCAAGCCGCUCGAGAGCAGCUCGGAGAACGCACCGCGGCCGCCCAAGGUCAACAACGCGAGCAUCCCGGGCGAUGGGCAGAACAAGUUGAGCAAGGAGCAGAAGCGCGAGGUGGAGCAGCACAACCGCGAGUUUGAAGAGCGGCACGACAGGGCGUCGCCUGCGUCCAAGGACAAAGUGAACAAGAGCUUUUGGAGUGGGGGCGGCACGCGCAGGUCGCCUGGAACGGAAUGA